CGUCAAAAGCGUGAUGACGUCACUUCCUUGUUUACCACGCCCACGGCUAAACCUUUUUCACGGCACGAGCAACUAAUUCGCUCUGUUUUAAGCUUAAACCCUGAAAUUAAACCCUCAAAAAAGCGUCAGAAGGCACAAGUUGGUCUGGUAAAGUUUUAGCAAGAUAUCGAUGCAGUUUGACCCGUGUUGGUGAUGAUUUUGCCCUAAAACGUGGACGAAAAGUUGCAUUUUGUGGCUUCGGAUCACGGUGAACGAGCUCCUUCAGUGCACCAUGUGGCCUUCGUUGUUGAGAUAGAGUUGCUGUGGUAACAGCUGCAGAAUGUUGAGGCGUCUGGACAGGAUUCGAUUCCGGGGGACGAGGAGAGAGGAGUUUGUGGAUUUGACUGACUCUCCGAACACUUCUGAUAAUGAGGGCACAGAGGAUGUCCCCAUAAAAGCACAAUGCUCCACCAGAGAGACCGAGGAGCUACGGGAUGGAGAUGUAGAAGUGGACUUGCACACCGAAGCCCAGGCUGGCCCUGGGUUUUACACAGCUCUUCAUGAUGACAGAACAGACCUGACUGAGGUGAAAGGGCUUCUGGAGAUUGCUCUAUUAGAGAAACACUUCCUCCAGGAGGAGCUGAGGAAACUCAAAGAAGAGACAAACAUUGACAUUUUAAAGCAGGAUUUGGAGCGAGAACGACUUAAACGCAUCGAACUGGAACAAAAAGUCAACGAGGCACUAAAGAACAAAGGGCCAGAGGACUCUCCAUCUCACUCUCAAAAAGUUCCUCCUCCUAUUACACCUGCAUCUGGGAUCACAGAAAAGCGAAGGGAGUCGCUUUAUGACCGUUUCAUGAAGUGGAUUUACGACCGCUUUGGAGUUUAUAUUGAGGACUUCAGGUUUCAGCCUGAAGAAGAGACGGUGGAGGCAGAGGAGCCACUCAGCGCCAAGAGGCUGACAGAAAAUAUGAGACGCCUCAAGAGAGGUUUCAGACCUCUGUCCAACUUCAAGAGAAACGUCACAGCCCUCUCUAGCUGGUACUCGGUCUACACUUCUGCAAUAGCUUUCCUGAUUUACAUGUACGCAGCGUGGUACGGCUGGACCAUACCCAUGUUCCUGUUUCUGGCCAUUGUUCGCCUCUCUUUAAAUUACCUCAUUGCCAGAGGUUGGAGAAUCCAAUGGACCAUUGUUCCUGAAAUCUCUGAACCCGUGGAGCCACCCAAAGAGGAUCUCACUGUUUCUGAGAAGUUCCAAUUGGUCCUGGAUGUUGCUCAGAGGGCUCAGAACAUCUUUGGGAAAAUGGCAAACAUCCUGGAGAAAAUAAAGAAUUUAUUCAUGUGGGUCAGGCCUGAGUUGACACAGAAGCUGUAUGUGGGUCUAUGGGUGGCCUUUCUUGCCUCCUGUUUCCUCCCAUUCAAACUACUGGGCUUCAUCAUUGGUAUGUACACAGGGAUAAAGUUCUUCAUUAUUGACUUCUUCUUGAAGCGCAGCCUCAAACUCAGACAGAGGUUUGACACUCCGUAUGUCAUCUGGACCAACCUGCCCACAGACCUGCAGUUGAAGGAGAGGACCAGCAGCACCAUCAGCAGGCGGGUUGCAUCUGCCUCUGGUCGGAGCCAUAACGGCGCAGCUGCCCCUAUGGGACUGCACAGAGACGAGGAGACAGGAAGAACCUACAGCACCAAGAGAGGCCCUUUCCACGAAGUAUUCCACCUGCCCGAGACGGAGCACCCCCUGACAGCUUGCGAGACUGGCUGGCGCUGCUGCCUCAUCAACAGAGAUAAGAAAACGCCCACAGACUACAUCCGCAACGGAGUCCUCUUCAUCACAGAAAAUUACCUGUGUUUUGAGGUCUCUACUUCGCGAUCUGGACCCUCCAAAAGGAACAAAGUGAUCAGGUUGAAUGAAAUUACUGAGGUCCUGAAGGUAGACGGAUACAAAGUGUUAUCAGUUCUUCCUGGAUCUGGGAUGGGCAUCUCCAUAGCAACACCAACUACACAGAAGCCGCUGGUUUUUGGAGGAAUGACACAAAGAGACGAGGCCUUCGAUGCCAUCUUGUUUCAGCGAGCAAAGGUUACCGUGUCGACGGACCUGGAGGAGGAGGCUAAUUAAGUUUUUAUUUGUAUUUAUUUAUGUAUUAUGGGGUAGUUGAGGGAGCAAGUGAUCAAGCUUUGAACAAUCAUGACGGGGAAAAAAAGACAUUAUCCAAAACAGCUACAACUGCCUUGAAACAUGACUGGAAGUUGGCAAACAUUUACAAAACUGUGCAAAAGUAUUUGUUUUUAAAGUUACUGUGGUUUUACGUUCUUUUUGGGCACCGUAGUAUUGGCACAGAAAAUUUGUAACUUCAAAUAAUUUGAAUACAAAUAAUUUUUAUGGAAAAAAAUAUAUAAAAUGAGUCCUAAUGACAGUACUUUGCCUGGGGAAUCCAGAAUAAUAUAUCUGCACUUUUUACACAGAUUUAUCUCAGUCUGAUCCCCACUCCAUUGUGUCUCAACCAAACAUGAUCAUGGAAUCAGAUUUUUUUUCAGUGACAGCUCACUGGUCAUCUAUCAUUUGUAAAUAAAAUCUAAUUUCUCUCACCUCGGAUUAACAGAGUUUCGUGCUUCACUCAUUGAUUCAGCAGAAAUCUGCGAUGUUUUUUCAGUCUUUGUUAAUGUUUUCUCAUAUGGAUGGACCAUGCGUGUCCCUGAUUGGCUAAUCCACCUGUUCAUCUGCCCAUCUGAAAAUGAGGAGAUUCACUGGUGACCAGACUCACAUGUUUGUAAAGUAUUGAAGAAGUGUGUAUUCUGGAUCCCAGGCAAAACAGUUCAUAAAAAUUAAUUCAAGUAGUUCCUGCACACUCUGUUGAUAUUAAGGAGUGUGAAGCCGUUCAAAUGAAGUAGCUGCUAGUGUCAAAGUUAGUUAUUGGGAAGUUAUUAUUUUUAGUAAAAAAUAAUUCAAGCACUGAAAUAAUCCAAACAGGUUCAGUGAAUGUGAAUGGACUUAAAUUGAAAAAGUUUGUACUUAUUGAGGCAAGUUAACCGCACUAAAUCUUUUGCACAGUACAUUUCAUAGUAAAUGAGCAGUGGCAUCAAAAGCAUGUAUCUACAUUGCAUUUACUCAUCUUUUUUCAGUAUAUAAUUAAAUGUUAAAUAUUAGACUUUCUAUGUAGGCUUACAAUUUUACCCACAAAUAUAACACAUAACAAUGUGGAACUCUUUUCAAAUACUCAUACCAUUAUACAUUAAGUUCACCAUUUUUACUCCAUAAUAACUGUUCACUUGCUUUGUUUAGCUUCAGUUGUAUGAUAAAACAAUAAACCUAAUGAGCCUUAAUAAAGUAUGAAGAAAGACUUAAUUCAUAGUGAACAAAGAGUUUAUUAAGACUGACUCUGGCUUAGUAACUAAGUAAGCAAGCCUGAAUCUUCUUAAUAAUCUAUGCUUUACUUUUGAUGUAUAUUAAGGCUAAUUAAGGUGUAUUUAAAAGAAUUAUGCAGCUAAUUUAGUUAACGGGCUAAUGCUAAAGACUAAAGGAGCUCAACAUUGGACAGAGACUUCUUGUUUCUGAUGUAAAAUUCUCAUUAAUUUUCCCCAUAGACCAGUGUUUCCCAAACUGUAGUGUGUGUACCUCUGGCAGUAUACAGGACACUCUAUUUGUUUUAUUAAAGACAAAUAUAUUUUUAUGUUUUUAUCCUCCUUUGGGUUAAUUCAUAUUUAGAGUUUAAAACCUGGUUUAGUCUCAUUUUAGACCAUGUUUAGACCUAAUAUAGACCUGAUAUGGUCCAGGUUUAGAUUUGGUGAUACUCGUAAAGCUAAAAAUGACCUUAAAUCGUCCUUCGUGUGUAAAGUUUGAUAAACUGCUGCCAUAGACUUACAGAAAUCUGUAUGUUAAGACAGAGUAGAGUUGUGUAAUUAAUUGAAUUUUAAUCUGAUUACAAGUAUUGUGCAGUCAACAAAUUCUGAUUCUGUUCUAUAAAGUAUGGCCAAAACAUUAUAAUUCUUUCUUAUUCUAAUUCUAUAAAACUUUCUCCAAAAAAAAAAAAUCAUGAUUUAAAUUGUAAGGCAUUGUAUGACCAGUAUACCAGAUUUAUAUUCAAUAAACCAUCCAUAUAUUGGGGAAAAAAAAAAAAAAGGCAAAUUACAUUUUAUUUUUUAUAGUUUCAGAUCAAUAUUAAACUAAAAUAAAAUAGUGGUUUUUUUUUAUGUUUAUGACUUACACCAUAGCAGAUUAUCAAACUUUAACACUGUAUUUUAUUUAUGGGGAAACAAGUCAGUGGGAGAUUUGUUUAAUCUCUGCCCACAGGGCCAUAAUUAAUAAUGUUAUCACUGGUAAGGAGUUAAUGCUAAACAUGGGUAUUAUCACUGUGGUACUGUCUAAGCAUUUACAUACACUUUUCAGAUCAGAGAAAAUGUGUUUUGCUGCUAUUUAAUGUAUUUGUUGUUUGUUGUUAAAUUUCUCAGUUUACAAAUUUAUUUUAAUGGCAUUUGGUUGUUUAUCUGCUCUUUUGUCUUGUCUUUUCAGUUUCUUUUUUAAUUUUUAUGGGUUUUAAGCACUGUUUUUAAAUAUAUUUAUGUUGUAUAUUUCUGAUGUAUUUUUUAUUAAAACAGUUUAAUUAUCAUCCUU